AUGACCCAAACGGAGCAGUCGGUGAUCGGCCUUGGUGGGCUGCAUUUGGCGACGAGCACAGGGUUCAUAGUAGCUGCCGUAAUCGUCUUCUUCAUCCUCUUCAUCUUCGUAUUCUUGCUGUGCCUCCGCGCCAAGCGGCACCGGGAGGCCAACCAUGUCUUCCCCACCGAGCCUGCUGCCGUCGUCGCGCAGCGACCCUGCCUCGAAGCCGCUACUGCCAUCGAGGCGCUCCCUUCGCUGGUGUUCCGCUGCGAGGGAUACAAGCAGGGAGUGGAGUGCGCCGUCUGCCUCGGCGAGCUGUCGGAGGGCGAGGAAGCACGGCUACUGAUCGGGUGCAACCAUGCCUUCCAUCUACGGUGCAUCGACAUGUGGUUCUGCUCCCAGUCCACCUGCCCGCUCUGCCGUAGCCCGGUGGUCCUCGACACCCCCGAACCCGCCAAUUCUGGCGCUGAAUCAUCGCCGCUUUCCUCUUCAGGCUGUUGCGCAGUGGUGGCAGAGAUUGCAGUAAGACAAGAAGGAUCGAGAGAUGGAUUGCAGUAA